AAGAUCAAGAUUGUUCAUUCAUUAUAUAACUCACCAUUAACAAUAAUUAACAAAUAGUUAAAAGCCACAAGGUCGGUGAUGUGAUGACACAACUCCCACAAAUCCACCAUUCAAUUUGAUAGUUUCAAAAAGCAUCAAGGGUUUUGUUUAGUGAUCUCUCAAACAUCAACACCUGGAAUUUCUGUUGUUGGUAAGAACACUACCUCGCUCUCACUCAAGUGCUCACUCCACUACCUUCAGUGCCUCAUCAAUUCUGGACAAAAUGUUCCGCUAUUUAAAUCACACAUUCACGAAUCCAAUUCAAACCCACAAACGAGAUCGACAAAACAUAAUCUGAAUUCUAUUUCAAAUCUCUUGAGAUUACUCACUUUCUCCCGCUUAAAAUACAAAAUGGCAUCUUCCAUGAAAUUUAUCUGCGUUCUUGGCCUGGUUCUCCUCGUCGGAGCCGUCGUCGACGGAGCAGGAGAGUGUGGUAGAUCAUCGCCAGACAAUGAGGCGAUGAAGCUCGCUCCAUGUGCAGGUGCGGCUCAGGACUCCAACGCCGCCGUGCCAGGAGGUUGCUGUUCUCAGAUUAAAAGGUUUUCUCAGAAUCCUAAAUGUCUCUGCGCCAUUCUUCUGUCCGACACGGCCAAAGCAUCCGGCGUCGAUCCCGAGGUUGCCCUUACCAUCCCUAAACGCUGCAAUUUCGCUAACCGCCCCGUCGGUUACAAGUGCGGACCAUACACACUUCCGUGAAGUGUUGGCACGACUAGAAGAAGUGGGAGUUUAUGAAGCUUGGAGAUUACUACUACACCCAAAAAAGCUUUACAACAUUGUCUCUAUAUAUCGUUUAUUAUACAUGAAUAAUGAUUGUGCCAGUGUGAUUGUAAUUGGAACUAAAUAUUAAUAACAUAUGAAAUAAUUUCAUUCUCUAUAUUUC